AGUUGCAUCUGUCAUCUGGCGGUGUUUUUUUGAUUUUUUCUCAGUACUGAUCAUCCAUCCGGCCAAGCGCCAUAACUCCACAAAACUCCAGCCGGAAUAGAAUUGUGAGUUUGUGUGACUACGCUUGAGAAUCGAUACAGCAUUAGUUUGCGGAUCGAGUGGUAUAGAACUCAGCGAAGACGCCGAAUUGUGUGGAUCAGCCCUAAGCCAAGUGGAGAAGGACUUGAGCCACCGCACACAAGAACAAAAACAACAAUCGACGAGUGCGCUCACACACAAACAGGCAUUUAGGCAUACAAAAUGGCGCCCACCAAAGCAACAACGCGCGCGGCCAUUGCAGGCGGGCAUCAUCAUCAGCUGCAGCAGGCGGGCGCUGGGGCAGGGAAUCCGCUCCUGGCCUUGGGAGCCGCCACCAGAAAGGGCCUUAGUCGUCGGGCCGCUGCUACGGGAAACAUUGAUCCCAAUGCCGAGAAUAUGCAGACGCGCGCCAAACGCAAAGCCGACCAUAGUCCGAUCAAAAAUGACAAAAUUAAGCGCUCUGCGCUGGGAAACUUGACUAACAAUGUUAAGAUCAUGACACUGCAUCCUGGUCAAGAUGAGGAGCAGUCUGCCGUGGGUAAAAAACCAACGGCCCAGCAGCUGCAGGCCUUGUUGGAUGCUAAGAAACAGGAUAAUCUCAGUGUAAAUGUCUUUGCCGCCAACAAAAUGGCAACGCGCGCUUCCAGCAAAGUGGAUGAUUCCGUUGAAAACUGUCACAAGGUGCUGGACAAGCUGGAGGAGGCGCUGGCCAGACCCAAACCGCGUCCUAAGGCAGUGCCCGCAAAGAAGACAGUACUGGGGGAGUUACCAGUAAUGCAGAUACCCGUUCUGUUGCCGCCCAUGCACAAUCUUGCCGCUCCUGCGGUGCAAUCUAUUAAGCCAGUUCGUCGAAUCUCCAAUGACUUUAACAAGACUGAGGACAGCCUUUACAUGUCCGCUCUGGAGGAUGUGUCCAGCUGCGAUUCAAUGCGACUGUCUGGAAACUUUGAGGCCGCGCGUCGUCGGUCCGCCAAGUUACAGCAAAAGACUGAUCAGCAACCACAGCCACUGUUGCUGACACUACCAGAGACUGCUCCCAGCCAAGUGGUUCCCAUUCUGCCAGUGCCCGAGGAUGUGGAGGACUUUGACCGCAAAAACUGGGAUGAUCCCUUCCAGGUGUCGCACUACGCCAUGGAUAUAUUCAACUAUCUGAAGGUGCGCGAACCUGAGUUUCCAAUCGCUGACUACAUGCCAAGACAGGUUCACUUAACCACCUGGAUGCGCACAUUGUUGGUUGACUGGAUGGUGGAGGUUCAGGAGACAUUCGAAUUAAAUCAUGAGACCCUGUACCUAGCGGUGAAGAUUGUGGAUCUGUAUCUAUGCCGCGAGGUGAUUAACAAAGAGAAACUGCAGCUUCUGGGCGCCGCUGCCUUCUUUAUUGCCUGCAAGUACGACGAACGUCAACCGCCGCUAAUCGAGGAUUUCCUGUACAUCUGCGAUGGGGCCUACAACCACGACGAGCUGGUGCGGAUGGAGCGGGAGACACUGCGCAUCAUCAAGUACGAUCUGGGCAUUCCACUUUCCUACCGUUUCCUGCGCCGCUACGCCCGAUGUGCCAAGGUGCCCAUGCCUACGCUGACCCUAGCACGUUACAUACUAGAGCUUUCUUUGAUGGAUUAUGCCACUAUUUCGUUCAGCGACUCGCAGAUGGCUUCCGCCGCUUUGUAUAUGGCUCUCCGAAUGCACGGCGGUGCGGGGCAACUGGACAAGCAGACUUGGAGUUCGACGCUCAUCUACUACACCGGCUACCAACUGGCAGAUUUCGCAGAGAUUGUGCCCGUGCUAAAUGCUGGACUGCAUCGAAAGCCGCGGGCUACUAUCAAGACGAUAAGGAAUAAGUACUCACACAAGAUAUUCCACGAGGUGGCUAAGGUGCCGCUGCUCACGAACCAGGAGCUCUUCCAGAGCAACCUUGACCUGAACGAAAGCAAUUUGUCGUAGGACAACAUCAAAGUUUAGCCAAAUUCAAUACGAGCUGCAAAAUGUUACGCUUCACUUAGGCUCUAAGACGCUUCAGACCCUAUAGCAACCCGUUUAAAUCGGAGUAGACGAAACAGCGGAUAACCGCCUUAAUCGAACAAAUUUGACCCUGUUUUGAAUCCUAGUCCCUUGUCCCCGCCAAAUCACAUUAUUUUAUAUUAAUUAUUAUUGUGACCUUUGCAUUAUUGACAUGUUUUUGCAUAAAUUGUGUGUUAAGAGUGCUUUUUGUUUCUUUUGCCAUGUAUUAUUGUUUAGUUUUCACAUACCGCAUACGUACCCACAUACUAUCAAUUUAAACAGGAAAAGCGAAAUUAUCUCUAGAACCCACAUCCUCAAAAUGUAGCCCGAUUGCAAAACGAUUUAUGUUUUAAUAUAUACGCUAGUUUUAAGAAAUGGCAGCAUUUAAUAAACCUAACUCGUAAGCCACCAAA